UUUCGAUAGAUUAUGGCUACUAUUGCACGUAACAUUUUGAAGUUGUAUGUGGGAAAUGUUCCAUGGACCAUUGGAAACUACGAGUUGAGGCAAUACUUCAGCAAAUACGGACAUGUAUCUUCUGUCAGCGUUAUUUUCGAUAAGAAUACUGGAUUUUCGAAGAAUUACGGUUUCGUAGUUUACAGCAAUAAGGACGGAUUUGACACUGCCACUAAUGUUACUAAUCACGUCUUGGAAGGAAACAAUUUGAAAGUUGAACCGACGUCAAAUUAAAAUAGAUACUUAGGUAUAAU